UUCCUACUUGCUCGUACCCGCCGUGGUUGCUCAGUGGCUAUGGUGUUGGGCUGCUGAGCACGAGGUCGCGGGAUCGAAUCCCGGCCACGGCGGCCGCAUUUCGAUGGGGGCGGAAUGCGAAAACACCCGUGUGCUUAGAUUUAGGUGCACGUUAAAGAUCCCCAGGUGGUCGAAAUUUCCGGAGUCCUCCACUACGGCGUGCCUCAUAAUCAGAAAGUGGUUUUGGCAUGUAAAACCCCAUAAUUUAAUUUUUUUCUACUUGCACCUAUACGGUCAAAUUUGCCAGCUUUACCUCCCAGCUGCACUGUAAAGAACAGUUUUUAGCUCGUAAAUAUUAUGUGUUGCGUUUCCACGUACAUAGCUUGCCCGCUGCAAUGCAAGGAAAGAAAGUGUUGACCGAAACGGAAAUACAAGCAAAGGGCUCCGUCAAGUAUUUUUUUAUUCUUUACUUGUUGCCUAGGGAUGAUAUAAGCGCUUGGUAAGUGCCUUUUUCCUCCCAGCGUUUCGUAGCUUAGCUUCACAACUUAAGCGUUCUCAGUCAAGAACUGCUCGUAAUUGUGAGUACUGUUCGAUAGUUCAAUGAGUGGUCUCACAGCCAUAAAGGCUGCGUAUGAAAAAGAAACAGAACCCUUUUGAAGUAAACAUUUGUUUAGCGCGCCGCAUUUUAAAAGAAAAGAAAGAGAACCACGCUUCCUUAGUUCAGGCUUGCUGGCAUUGCACGCAAACUCGCCAGGGGAGUCAUGUUAGCACACGACCCAUGCACGUGUGCACGCCAAUCCGCCAUCGUGUCACCAGUGUAGCUGAGGUGCUCGACCAAGCAACCAAUAGAAAGCGGCGGUCAACGCGUCUCUUUCCCAAAGAGGGGGAGGGGCCUACAAAAGCGACCCACCGCAUUCCCCGCGGGUUUAUUUCCUUUUUACCGUCGUCUGACCUGCAGGCGGCAACAGGAUGGGCCGCAUAUCGACGCUCGCAGCGAUCACGCUCGUCGCGUGGUGCGCAUCGAGCGGCACUGAUGCCACGCCGCCGGCUCUGCUCGCGGGCCUCGCCACCUAUCCGUCGCCCAGCGUGGCCGCCGUGCUGAUCGGCGGCAAGCUGCUGGCCGCCAAGAAGAUCAUCGGCAUCAAAGGCGCCAAGCUCGUUGGUGCCUCCCUGCUCACACCAAUCCUCGCCAAGAAGGCCAUCAAGCCCCUUUUCGGCCUGACCGCCAAGGCCGUCGUGGCCAGCAAGCUUAGCAAGGUCGGCAGCAAGUUCGGCAGCAAGUUCGGUAGCAAGUUCGGCAGUAAGUUCCACAAGAAGCACGUGCCCUGGCCCGUACCGUCGGCUCCGGUAGUCUACGGCGCGCCCACCGUCUACUCAACCACCGUGGUUAAGAAUGAGCCGAAGGAGCAGUGGCCCUCCGCUUGGCCCUCGGCAGCCUGGCCUUCCGCCGCCUGGCCCCCUUCUUACUCCUCGGAAUGGCCAUCUGCGUCGUCUUUCGGCUCUUCUGCGGGUCUCAAAAGCAACGCCUACGGCGGUCUCUCGUACGGUGGACUUGAAUCAGCCCAGGCGCCGGCUUUCUCGUACGCUUCCCUGGCCGCGGCUCCGAAGCUCCAGGCGGCGGCUGCUCCCCUCUCCAGCGCUGCAUUUUCGCAGAGCGUUCCGGACGUCUACUCGAGCUACUUCGACACCGUCAAGCAGGCCGUUCCAGCUAACUACGGCUCUUACUCGUUCGGCAAGCCGCUUCACGGACUCGCCUCCUCGGUGAGCGCGACGAAUCCGGCGCUGACCGCUGCGCUGCCCGCGACGCACAUAAGCUCGGCAAGCAAGUACACGGUGUCCACAGGCUACGCUGGCGGACAGGGUGGUGGCUGGGCCUUCCCCAGCGCCGCUGGCUCGGAGUGGCCCGCGGUUUACAACACCAAGCCUGGCUUCGCCGUGGCGCCAACAGUGACGCUGUGAAGCGACGGCGUCCCAACAGAUGUGACUUGGAAGACUCUCCAGGGACGAUUGCAACAAAGCCGAAGCCACUCGUUUAGCCUGGAUGGAAGUCUGCCAGAAACUCACUGAAGGCAAGCUCGUGAAUGCGUUAACCGACGAGCACUCGCUUGAAUUUGGUCGUGUGCAAUAGCUCGCGCUCUCACAGAGAAAGUUGUUUAUCGCUGUCUAUUAAAUGUUGUGGUUUGGUACAGCAAUAAAAAAGGUUGU